AUGCCUUUAUCACAAAUAGCACAAGAAACUGCUUGUGAAUCGUCACCGUCGUCUGCAAAUCAAUUUUCAUAUAACCACCACAGUUAUAGUUACGGUCACCAUCGACGUGAUUACCACGUCCAUCAAAGUGUAAAACCAAAUACAUGUACCAACAACACCACAAAAGUUCAACGAUCACUCGGAAAUCUUAAUCUUGGUCUCGUUAGUAGCCGAAAACAAUUCAAUCAUCAUCUCGUACUAAAAAAAUCUGUGAACAUAAACAAUUCAAAUCCAAAAAUCCUCUCAGCAAAUAACAUCAAACAUAUCAACUCAUAUACUCUCACUGUUGACUCAAAGGAAUGGAUCCAUAAAUAUCGUCGAUUAGCAUCAAAUCUUUUAGAUAUAUUUAAGAAAGGAAUAACUCGCGGCGACAAGGACAAAUUUCUGGUCUCAGCAAUCAAAAAAUUUCUUCGUACUAAUGAGAGCAUGCUUGGGUAUUGUCAUCAAUUCAACUGGGGGACUGAAAAAGAUUCGCAUCAAGCGAUCAAGUGUUAUAUGUCCGCAUCCAAAAAUGGAAAUGUAGCCGCUUCCGAAGUAUUGAGCACAUUAUUUUAUUAG